UAUUAUCAAAAGGUAUUGACUUUGAUUCUCGUAAACAUCCUAAAAUAGCCCCCCUUUUCUUCCCUUGAUUUUCUUCAUCCUUUUUUUCCCUAAUCCGACAACCCUCGUUUUCUUAGUUCUUCUCUUUGUUUCAAAUCAAUUCCCAAUUAAUAUCUGCAUUUCAAUUGAUUUUGUAUACGAUGGCUAGAUUAACAUAAGGGUAAUCGGUACCUGACUUGAUGUUGCAUGGAGCUUAAAAUCCUCGAUGGUAAGUAGUGAGGCUUGUUUUCCAUCAUAACCGAAGUUAUAACCAGAUCGUUUCCUUGUUCGACUGAUUUUACUUGAUGUAAGAUUUGUUCAAAAUGGAAGACGAGCUAAAUAUGAAUCCUAGUGGAGCACAAGGUACUUUAGUAACAAACUCAAGCACCAAAAGUUAUAAUGACAUUAUGACUCGUCGUCUAAAGAACCGAGAGCGGCAGCGUAGAUAUAGGGCUAGAAAACGACUUGAAGCGGACAUGCAGAAAUCGCAUGUCCUAAACCAACCAACUAUACCAAAUGCAGAGUUGCAAUUAAACGGGAUCCUUAACAAUGUGACGAAACGUGUUCAUUGUAAACGGGACUGGAAAAAAGAUGCCAGGAGGGCUCAUGUAUACAAGGCUCAAGAAGGUUCAAUCUCUACUGUUGAAACCCAAGCAUCAUGCUUGCCCUCUGUGGAUCCCGUAGGAAGAGAGUGUUCUUCGGAGGAUUCACCUAACCUUCAGAACUACGAAACUAGGAAACCUAAGCUCGGCCGAAGAGAUUGGAAAGCAGAUGCAAGAAAUAAGAAGAGUUGAGUUGGUUGCACUGAGCUGGUCUGUAAAAUAAAUAUAUUAUCGGUGGAUAGCAAAUGUGUGGUAAGCCGGUUUUGUUGCUGCAUUUAGGAACGUUUGUGAACUUUUGCAAGUUCUUUUUUUGUUUUCGGGUUUUAGGUGCAUUGCAUAGUAUAUAUAUGUAUAUCGAUGAUGCAGAACUACUCUGUGCAAAGUUUAAUUUGGGUUAGAAUGCUUUAGGAAAGAUUGUUGCAGACUACAAUGGCGACUCGAGUUUUAUAAUGGUGUUGAAAUAUUUGUAAUAUGUGACAUUUAACAUUUUGAUCAUUGCUAUCUCAUCCUAUAUGAUUGAUCA